AAGCGUCCCUCAAAAGCCUGCACAGUGAGUAGAGUAGCGGUGCUCAAACAGUCCCACUGCGAAGCUUUCACAAAUGCUAGACCCAUCUUCCCUUCGUCUUGUCUUCUUGUGUUACUAGCUCAGAAGGCUUUUGCUUGCAUUGCUGCAUGCUUCUUCUCUGAUUGAUAGGUAGAGUGGUUUGCUUGUAUGGUUUGAUGUUGCCUCACCCUUGACCACACCCUGCUCAACAGUCAUGCAGUAUAAACCAAAGCAGCAGGUUUGGACAUACUUUCUUGGCCUCCUCCUCCAGUCCUCUUGCCUUGUGAAUUGCCUGCUUGCAUUUGCUACAGCAAGAGAAAAGUGGAGCGUGGGAGAAACUAGCCACAAGGCUAGAACAUAUUAGAGUAGUCGUCAGGCUAUUUGGUGACGAUCUGCAUCGGGAACUUCAUUUGUCUGUACUUCAUUCUGUCACAUAUGCAUAUUAAUAAUCACAUCUCUAGUCACUGUAAUUACAUUAGUUUAUUGUUCAUGAACCAUACAUGCUAUAAUCCAUUUAGGAAUGUGUUCGAUUCAGUCCUGCAGCUUACAGGAAUGGCAGGCAGAUACUAGUUAGCAGAACUAGGAUGUUGUAACUUGUGCAUAUCUUGAGAGUUGCAGCAAGAUUAUACUUUUCUCCCACUCUUUUUUCUUCUUCCAAGUGAAUAAUUUAGCAAUCAACAUGAGGAUCCUUUUUGAGCUUGUACGCCUGAUUAUUGUGGUACUGCAAAAAUAGUUGGUGGAAAGAUGAAAGUUUUGCUAUGUGCAACUGUACAAGCAACCAUUUUUUUAACGAGGACACUUAAUAUUGAUCCGACAAAAACUGCAAAUAACAAUGUAUCCAGUGAUCUAAUUCAUGCUGUUGUUUGCUGGUGUGCUGAAAUCACAGUAAUUCUUAAAGAUUUCUGGGGCUACAAUGACAAGUAAUCCGUCAACGUUUUCGCAAAUCGGUGUGGAAGCCAUGAACGGCGGUUACUUCAUGGCGGGCAGCGGCGGCGGCGGCGGCGGCAUGAUGAGCACUGACGUGCCGUACUUCCACCCGAGCAUGCUUCUUGAGCAUGGCGGCUUCGGGUUCGGCCUCGGCGGCGCGGCAAUUGGCGGCGCCGCGACGGCGACGGACCUGGGCGCGCAGUUCGCUGCGAACAACGUGAUACUCGCCUCCUUCGCCAGCCAGCUCUUCGCCACCGCGCCCGCACCGCCGCAGGACGACCACCUCGGCGCGAGGACGCCGCCGGGGGAGGAUAUGGACGACGGGUAUGGUGCCGCCGACGUUGGCAGCUGCAGCGUGGCAUGUCUGGCGUGCCCCGGCCAGUCGGGUGCGAUGGCGGUUUGGUCAUCAUCGUCGUCCAAGAAGCCGUACGGCAGCUGGAGCAGCGUCGACGGAUCAAGUACCGUCUCGGUCCAUGGGUCCUGCCACCUCGCCGAGCUCCCUGACGCGGCCUGCGUCCACUACCCGCUCACCGCAUGCGGCAGCGCCAAUGCGCCGGCGGCGAGCGAGCUGUCGCUGACCCUGUGCCCCAAGUCGUCAUCGGACGGCAUGCUGAACGCCACCGACCAGUGCUCGUCGGUAGCAAGUCGCUCUGCCCUGACCGAGCUGCCGCCGGUGUACCCGCGAGCGCGCUCCAGGUCCGCGCACUUCGCCGUGGUGGUGGCGCGCUCGCCGUACGCGGCGGUGGCACAGGAGGUGCUCAACGACGUUGUCGGUCGCCUGCUGAACGGCGUUGCGGACCUUGCCGCCGACUCGGACAGCGGCCCGUGGCAGUCGAGUGGCUCGGUUGGCGCGCCGUCCGCGGUCAGCUCGAACCAGCUCAUUGCAUGCUCCGGGGAGCACCCGCACGGCGGUGACGCCGGCCCCCGGUGGGGGGAGGCUCAGAGGAUCAGGAGCGACCUCAUCAAGAUGCUUCAGCUGAUCGAUCAAAAGUAUAACCAAUGCUUGGAUGAGAUCCAGAGCACGAUGGCCAAGUUCAGCACCCUGACGCAGUCGGGCGGCGCCGGCAUCGGCAAUGGCAGCAUCUGCGCGCCGUUCGCGCACCGUGCCUUGUCGGCAAUGUACCGUGGCCUGAGGCGGCGGAUCGCCGGCGAGAUUAUGGCGGCGGCGAGCAGGCCCGCCUGCUUGGGGGAGUCGUCGUCUUCGGUGACGGCCGGCGACAUGGAGCGGAGCUGGGAGGCGGCGUUCAUACAGAAGCACUGGGCGGUUCAGCAGCUGCGGCCCGGCGAGCAGCAGUGCUGGCGGCCGCAGCGCGGCCUGCCGGAGAAGUCCGUCGCCGUGCUCAAGGCGUGGAUGUUCGAGAACUUCCUGAAACCGUAUCCGAACGACCAUGACAAGGACGUGCUAGCUGCAAGAAGCGGCCUCACCAGGAACCAGGUGUCGAACUGGUUCAUAAACGCGCGAGUUCGGAUAUGGAAGCCGAUGAUCGAGGAGAUGUACCAGGAUCUGAAGAGGAGCUCAGCUGGAGGAGGGCAGGGGGUGGCAAUGGAGCAGCACAUGAGCAGCCAAGAUCUUGUCGGUUAGAAGAUGGGCAAUGAACUGCGUUGUAGCAUUCAGCUUCUGCCGUUGAUGUAUUUGCCAUUGUAAUUUUUUUUCUUCUGUUAUAUGUACAUAUAAUUGCCAAUGCUAGCAUUUU